AUGGCAGAAGCGCAAGAGAAACAGGAAAAAGCAAAACAAGAGGAACUUGAAAAGGCCAGCCAGCCUGCCGAGCUUAGAGAAGAAGAUGGCAGUGAUAAAGAAGAGAACGCUAUGGGAAGUGGUGAGUUUACUCCAGAAGAGUAUGAGUUCAUUCCUGAAAAGUGUUUGUUUUGCCGUCAGAUCAGCGACACGAUGGAGGAGUACUUGUAUUUUCAUUCCGUGACCCAUAGUAACAUCACCCACAUGUUCCAGAAGCAUGGCAUGAUCAUUCCCGAUCGUCACUGUGUAAUCGACCUGGAAGGUCUCUUAGACUAUUUGGGCCAGAAGAUCUCUGUGGGUUGCAUCUGCCUGACCUGCAACCAUGGCUUCAAAAGCCCCAUCGCGGUUCGGGCACAUAUGUUGGACAAAGGCCACACUUCCAUCGCGUACAACACCGUACGAUCCACGCUCUAUUGGCUUUCUAGACUGAAGAUUACGAAGAGUUUGAAGAGUUCUACGACUAUUCGGAGGAGAACGAAAAGCCCUCAGCAGACAUCACGCUGCUGCACACGGGCGAGUUGA